CCCCUUCUCCCUUUCCUGCUCUCUGCCUGUUGCUGCUGCUGUGUCUGCCUGGAUCUUGGCCAUCUUCUGUGCUGGUUUCGUCUUCCUUCGACUCGGAUUCUUUCCUGCUGUUCUUUCUUUCGAUCCCUUCCUUUCCGUGUCUUCGGGGUCUGAUUCUGAAUGACAAGGCCGCAAAGGAGGCGUUAGAGCUUCAGAGUGGAGGGGCAGUCAAUUCUGCGUGGGGAGACACUAGGUGCCUGCGAGCGCCAUGGGCCGCGCUCCGUGCUGCGAGAAAGACAGCGUUAAGCGGGGGCCCUGGACGCCGGAGGAGGAUGCCAAGCUACUGGCCUGCAUUGCUCAGCAUGGAACUGGAAGCUGGCGCACGCUGCCGAAGAAAGCUGGUUUGCAGCGGUGCGGGAAAAGCUGUAGACUGCGCUGGACGAACUAUUUGCGACCAGAUCUCAAGCACGGGCGAUUUACCGAUCAUGAAGAACAGCUCAUCGUCAACCUUCAUGCAGCCCUGGGAAGCCGGUGGUCUCUCAUUGCUGCACAACUUCCAGGACGAACUGAUAAUGACGUGAAAAACUAUUGGAAUACGCGUCUCAAGAAAAAAUUAUGUGAAAUGGGCAUUGAUCCCAUCACACAUAAACCUAUUUCUCAGCUUUUAGCUGAUCUAGCCGGCAGUAUGGCACUUCCCAAAGGAGGUGACAUUGCUGAGGCGACGCUUGGUUGUUUUAAGGACGACAUGCUAAAUGUCUUGAUGAGAAAACGACCCGACUGGCAAUCCGAUGGCUCUAACGUUACCUUGCCGAAUAUUCCUCAUGGAUUUUCGGUUGGGCGACAAUCAUGGGACAUAGUUGCUGGUCCACAGUCUUGUGCCUCACAACCAAGGUCGGUCAUUGCAAAUGCAUAUGACACAUCUGUCAACGAUCAGUAUAACUCAAGGCUAACAAAUCAAAACCUUCAAGUUGAUGCUGUCGUGCAAAAAUUUAAGUACAGCCUCUCAAGAGCUGGACAAACAAAUGAGAUGCAACGCGUUGGAGAUGUUUUAAAGCCAAGAGAAGACAGUAUGUCCAGAAAUACGGCUCUGGUGAGCGGACGGUUUUACCGAGGAGAGUGUGGGAGCCCAGGUACAGCAACAGGAGGUGCAAAUUCCAGCAUUCCGAAUUUGCAGUACCCAUGUAUGGCUGACGCACCACACAUGUUAACAGCUCUCUUGUGUAAUCAAAAAGGAACAAGUUCGAGAAGCCACUGUCAGGAAACCCCCAGUACGAACACCAAUGUUCCCACAAGCUGCGAAAUAGAACCAUGGAGCCCAAGCCCAAGUGGUAGCAGCUGCAGCAACACAAGUCUUGUCAAUGGCGAUGUUGCUGGACUUGAAAAGGUUCUUAAUUCUGAUGUCUUUUUAUGGGACUUUUCUGAGUUAGGCUCCAUAAUGAGCUAAAAUUAUGUGAAGAAGAUUCAUCCACCAUUAACAAUAGGAGUCUAGAGUAGGACACUCGCAGUUCUUUGGCUGAUCAUAUACCAUUUCCACCCUCACAUAGGUUUCUUACAAAGAAGCUACCAGAUAAUACUUGCUCCGACACGCAUUAUUUCAAGUAGGCAUCCAAAUUUUGAAGAACCUAAGCUAUUCAUCAUCCUUCACUUUACAAUCUCAACGUCCUUGAAAAUAAUUAGUAUUUACGUCCUCAACUGUAAAAAUACAAUAGAUUUUUGAAACUGAAUAAGAGUCAACUGCAAAGAACAGCUUGGGCUCAACGAUUCAAUAAAGAUCGACAACUCUAAGGUUAAAUCGGUCUCUAUGUUCACUGGC